AUGAGGAUCCUUUGCAGCCCGGGAAUGUCUUCGCUGGUCCCUCUUGUGAAACUCUUCUCCUUGCUUCUGAUUGGCUGCGUGUCUGAAAGUCCCCCUGAGUUCAUUAAAAAACCAGUGGACCAAAUCGGCGUGUCAGGAGGCGUGGCUUCUUUUGUAUGCCAAGCAACUGGGGAUCCCAAGCCCCGGGUCACCUGGAACAAGAAGGGGAAGAAAGUGAACUCGCAGAGAUUUGAGACCAUUGAAUUUGACGAGAGCGCAGGUGCUGUCCUGAGGAUCCAGCCCCUCCGGACUCCCAGGGACGAGAAUGUCUACGAGUGCGUCGCCCAGAAUGCUCACGGGGAGAUCACCGUCCAUGCUAAGCUCACCGUUCUCCGAGAAGACCAGCUGCCUUCCGGCUUCCCAAACAUUGACAUGGGACCCCAGCUGAAGGUGGUCGAGCGUACACGGACGGCCACCAUGCUGUGCGCAGCCAGCGGAAACCCAGACCCGGAGAUCACAUGGUUCAAAGAUUUCCUGCCCGUCGACCCCAGCGCCAGCAAUGGGAGGAUAAAGCAGCUGAGAUCAGGUGGCCUGCAGAUUGAGAGCAGUGAAGAGACUGAUCAGGGGAAGUAUGAAUGUGUGGCCAGCAACAGCGCCGGGGUGCGCUACUCUUCACCCGCUAACCUUUACGUGAGAGUUCGCCGGGUGGCACCUCGCUUCUCCAUCCUGCCCGUCAGCCAUGAGAUCAUGCCCGGGGGUAACGUCAACAUCACCUGCGUGGCAGUGGGUUCGCCCAUGCCGUAUGUCAAGUGGAUGCAGGGGGCAGAAGACCUGACGCCUGAGGAUGACAUGCCGGUGGGCCGCAACGUCUUGGAGCUCACUGACGUCAAGGACUCGGCCAACUACACCUGCGUGGCCAUGUCUAGCCUGGGGGUGAUAGAGGCUGUGGCUCAGAUCACAGUGAAAUCGCUGCCCAAGGCUCCUGGGACGCCCGUGGUAACAGAAACCACGGCAACCAGCAUCACCAUCACCUGGGACUCUGGGAACCCCGACCCUGUGUCUUACUACGUCAUCGAGUACAAGUCGAAGAGUCAGGAUGGCCCUUACCAGAUCAAAGAGGACAUCACUACCACGCGUUACAGCAUCGGAGGACUCAGCCCCAACUCGGAGUAUGAGAUCUGGGUGUCUGCCGUCAACACCAUCGGGCAGGGGCCUCCCAGCGAGUCCGUGGUGACCCGCACCGGGGAGCAGGCGCCAGCUAGUGCUCCUCGCAGCGUCCAGGGGCGGAUGCUGAGCGGCACCACCAUGAUCAUCCAGUGGGAGGAACCGGUGGAGCCCAACGGGCAGAUCCGCGGCUACAGGGUGUAUUACACCAUGGAGCCGGACCAGCCGGUGAGCAACUGGCAGAAACACAAUGUAGACGACAGCCUCCUGACCACAGUGGGCAGCCUCUUGGAGGAUGAAACCUACACCGUCCGGGUCCUGGCCUUCACUUCCGUGGGAGAUGGGCCUCUCUCUGACCCCAUCCAGGUCAAAACACAGCAAGGAGUUCCUGGGCAGCCGAUGAACUUCCAAGCGGAAGCCAGGACGGAGACCAGCAUCAGAGUGUCGUGGAGCCCUCCCCGGCAGGAGAUCAUCGUGAAGUACGAACUCGGCUACAGGGAAGGAGAUCGCGGCAGGGAGGUGUUGAAGACCUUUGACCCGACGACCUCGUUCACAGUGGAAGGUCUGAAGCCCAACACUGAGUAUGUCUUCCGGCUGGCUGCCCGCUCGGCUCUGGGCCUGGGGGCCUACACCCCGGAGGUCAGGGAGCGGACCCUGCAGUCUAUUUUACCCAAAAACUUCAAGGUGAAGAUGGUGAUGAAGACCUCCGUCCUUUUGAGCUGGGAGUUCCCCGAGAACUACAACUCUCCCAUCCCCUACAAGAUCCAGUACAACGAGCUGAACAUCGACGUGGACGGCCGCACCACCAAAAAGCUCAUCACCAAUCUGAAGCCCCGCACGUUUUACAACUUUGUCCUGACGAACCGGGGGAACAGCAUGGGCGGCCUGCAGCAGAACGUGGCGGCCUGGACAACCACGGACAUGCUGACCAAGAAGCCGGAGGUGACUCACAAGGCCGACGCGGAUGGCAACGUGGUGGUGAUCCUGCCGGACGUGAAGAGCUCGGUGCCUGUCCAGGCUUACUACAUCGUGGUGGUGCCUUUAAAGAAAUCGAGGGGGGGCCAGUUCGUGAACUCCGUGAGCAGCCCCGAGGAGAUGGACCUGGAAGAGGUGAUUCAGGACAUUUCUAGACUUCAGCGCCGGAGCCUCCGUCAUUCCCGGCAGCUGGAUUACCCCAAGCCCUACAUCGCUGCCCAUUUCCGCACGCUGCCCUCCCACUUCAUCCUGGGGGACCUGAAACACUACGACAACUUCGAAAACAAAGCCCUGGAGCCAGGACACAAAUACGUCCUCUUCAUCCUGGCGGUGCUGCAGGACUUGGAAGCAACAUUCGCAGCUAGUCCUUUCUCCGACCCAAUCCAGCUGGACAACCCCGACCCGCAGCCAAUCAUCGACGGAGAGGAGGGCUUGAUAUGGGUCAUCGGGCCAGUCCUUGCCGUAGUCUUCAUCAUCUGCAUCGUCAUCGCCAUCCUGCUCUACAAAAACAAGCCAGACAGCAAACGGAAAGACUCCGAGCCGCGGACGAAAUGUCUCCUGAACAACGCUGAGAUCGCUCCUCACCACCCCAAGGACCCGGUGGAGAUGAGACGCAUCAACUUCCAGACUCCAGGUAUGCUCAACCACCCACCAAUCCCCAUCUCCGAGUUGGCAGAACACACGGAGCAUCUCAAAGCCAACGACAACUUGAAAUUAUCCCAAGAGUAUGAGUCUAUUGACCCUGGCCAGCAAUUCACCUGGGAGCACUCGAACCUUGAAGUGAACAAGCCCAAAAACCGCUACGCUAACGUGAUCGCCUAUGACCAUUCCCGCGUCAUCCUGCUGCCCAUUGAAGGGAUUGUGGGGAGCGACUACAUUAACGCCAACUACAUCGAUGGCUACCGGAAGCAGAACGCCUACAUCGCCACACAGGGCCCUCUGCCGGAGACCUUUGGCGACUUCUGGCGGAUGGUGUGGGAGCAGCGCUCAGCGACGGUGGUGAUGAUGACGAAGCUUGAGGAGAAGUCACGGAUCAAGUGUGACCAGUACUGGCCUGGCCGGGGCACGGAGACCUAUGGGAUGAUCCAAGUGACCUUACUAGACACUAUCGAAUUGGCCACGUUCUGCGUUCGGACGUUCUCCCUUCACAAGAAUGGCUCCAGUGAGAAGAGAGAGGUGCGCCAAUUCCAGUUCACAGCAUGGCCCGACCAUGGCGUCCCUGAGUACCCUACUCCGUUCCUGGCUUUCCUGAGAAGGGUCAAAACCUGCAACCCUCCUGACGCUGGCCCGAUCGUAGUGCACUGCAGCGCGGGAGUUGGACGGACAGGCUGUUUCAUCGUGAUUGAUGCCAUGCUGGAGAGGAUAAAGCAUGAGAAGACAGUGGACAUUUAUGGGCAUGUCACCCUCAUGAGGUCGCAGCGGAACUACAUGGUCCAGACAGAAGACCAGUACAGCUUUAUACACGACGCCUUGCUGGAGGCCGUCGCUUGCGGUAACACAGAGGUCCCAGCCAGGAAUCUCUACACUUACAUCCAGAAACUGGCGCAGAUAGAGGUGGGGGAGCACGUGACAGGCAUGGAGCUGGAGUUCAAGCGACUUGCCAACUCCAAAGCCCACACUUCCAGGUUCAUAAGCGCCAACCUCCCGUGCAACAAAUUCAAGAAUCGCCUUGUCAACAUCAUGCCAUACGAGACCACCCGGGUCUGUCUUCAGCCCAUCAGGGGAGUGGAGGGCUCAGACUAUAUCAAUGCCAGUUUUAUCGAUGGAUACAGACAACAGAAAGCCUACAUUGCCACUCAAGGGCCGCUGGCAGAGACCACGGAGGAUUUCUGGCGGAUGCUCUGGGAGAACAACUCCACCAUCGUGGUGAUGUUGACCAAGCUGCGAGAGAUGGGUCGGGAAAAGUGCCAUCAGUAUUGGCCCGCUGAGCGGUCGGCACGGUACCAGUACUUUGUGGUGGAUCCCAUGGCUGAAUACAACAUGCCUCAGUAUAUCCUUCGAGAAUUCAAGGUUACUGAUGCCAGGGAUGGUCAGUCCCGAACCGUCCGUCAGUUCCAGUUCACUGACUGGCCCGAACAAGGUGUGCCAAAAUCAGGAGAGGGUUUUAUCGAUUUCAUUGGACAGGUGCAUAAGACAAAGGAACAGUUCGGUCAGGAUGGGCCAAUUUCCGUCCACUGCAGCGCCGGAGUGGGCAGAACUGGGGUGUUUAUCACACUGAGUAUCGUCCUGGAGAGAAUGCGUUAUGAGGGUGUUGUAGAUAUUUUCCAGACAGUUAAGAUGCUGCGAACACAACGACCAGCUAUGGUGCAGACAGAGGAUGAAUAUCAGUUCUGUUACCAGGCAGCUCUGGAGUAUCUGGGAAGUUUCGAUCACUAUGCAACCUAA